UCACGUGGUAUCGUCAAAGCAUUUCCUAAUGAAAUAUGGCGCUACCCACUAGCUGUCGUCUUCUGGUUCUACACAUAUCUAGAUAUAAUUCGUAUGUUUUGGAAACAUCACGUAUUUGUUUAACGAGCAAUUUAUUGCUCGCUAAAAGGCAACUGACGUAUGGGCAAACUGCAAGGAUUUCUCCGUCCUUGUCGUGGAGGAGCGCAGUGAGCAGAAGGUCAUUCCGACGUUGUAAUAUCACCAGUAAUCACGUCAAUGAGAAAAGCCAUAAUGAAGAGAAUUCCAACAAGCGGAGUGCAUUAUGGGGUGCUGUUGCAGCGUUCUCCUUCUUCGGUAAGGCUGACGAUGAGAGAGAUGAAGCGCAGAAGGCAGAAGAUGAAAUUAUUUUGCUCUUGAAAAAAGCCAAGCUUAGUAUGAUGAGGGACGAGUUGGAAGCAGCCAAUGUUUUCUUGCAUCAGGCUAUAAGACUGGCUCAUCAAACUCAUAACACCCAGGCCAUCAUCUACACAUACAGCUUGAUGGCAAACCUUGCCUUUGUUCAAGGUCAGCUGACCAACGCAGAGAAGCUCUUCAAGGCAGCCAUGAGUUUCAUGCUGUCUGGGGGAACGCCUCAGGAUCAUAAUGCGGUCAUUGAGAUGUCCCUGAAGCUUGCAAGCAUAUAUGCCUCUCAGAACAAGAAUGAAUUGGCAGAGCAUGGGUUCCAGUUUUGUACAGAAUCUCUGGAGGCCAAGAUCGAGAAACACAAGGACCUCUCCCUAGAGGAGUUAUCAGAUGAGGAGAGGAAGGACACGCGGCUGCUGCUGGGCCUCUGUUUGGAUGCCAGGGCACGCUACCUGGCCGUCACCCACCGGCUGACCGAGGCCACAGGCGAUUACCGCCGCGCCCUGCAGAUUUGCUCUGAGGAGCAGGGAGAGACGCACCCACAGACUCUGGUGCUGAUGAGUGAUCUGGCCACUAUCCUGGACCUUCAGGGGAAGCAUGAUGAAGCCCUCAGUCACGUGAAGAAAGCUAUGCAGCUGGGGAAGGAGGCUGGCCACCCCGACCAGCACGUGCUUCUGGGCAACAUGGCUGGCAUUCUGAUGCAUCAAGGUCAGUUUGAGGAGGCCAGCCGGCUGUACCAUGAGGCUCUGGCCCUGGCGCAGGCCAUCGGCGAUGGUGAGGCCGCAGAGCAGAUCCAGCAAGGACUGAAGGAGCUGGCCAGCAGGAGAGACGCCCAGGCGGACGGCAAGCCCGGCGGAGGAACUGAGUGUCCUACAGAAGGCCAGGCAGCGUCAGAUUGACGUGAAAAGAAAUUCCACCGCAGGAGCCCGGCAUGCCAGCGGCAGGCCGCAGGUGGAAAUGUUUGUUGUGUGUUAAAAGUCCCUUUGCCUGCGCCCGCACCGUGCCACCACAGUGUGCCCUGUGUCUUUGUGCCGUCUGUGGUCUGAACAUCCAGCCAACUGCCAUUGUCUGAGUGAAGUCAUGUAGCCCCCUGUUCACCAGCUGUGACGAGGUCCUCACCCUCUCUCCCGGCCCCCAGGCGAUGGGAGCUACCUUUAUUUGGUCCUUCUCCCCUGUGUGCCCCAUGUGAUUUCCUCAUUCAGAUGUAGUGGAAAGGUGAAAUGCACAAGCUUGUGCACCAGUUGAUGAGACUCAGGGAGGUGGCGAUAUAGGGAACAUUACAGCCAAGGUCUAGAGGCGCACAGCUGUCAUGUUGUGAAACUGUUUACAUGUGAAUGAAAUGCAACCAUGGACAGAGCAGCUGUAUUUUAACACAUUUGUAUGACUGUCAGGAGGACCAAUUGAAUGCUGCGUCUGAUUGGCCUUGAGCACAAUACAGUGUAGAAGACAACUGAGGGGAUUCAAUUGGAACGGGAAGCACAAUUGGAUGCCAAACUCAGAGGAGUUUGAGAAGAGAAGCUAAAUCAUCCUGUGUUUGAAAAGGAGAUUGAAUAAAAGUAACCUGUCACAGAUCUUA